AUGUCGAUAACCGCCAAAGAUAAUAUGAAGAAGGGCUCUACGCAAUUAAGUCACCUAUGUGAUUUGAAUGCUAAAAAACAAAUAUCACACCGUCGUCUAGUUUCAAUCAUUGCAACUAUUUCCCGUGCAUCACGCAACUUAGAAACUAUUUACAAUAUGCUAUUAAAGGGAGUAAAUAUAUUUCGAUUGAACUUCUCCCAUGAGUCCCAUGAAUUGCAUACCCAAACCAUUGAAUUGGUUAAUAGUAGUCUGCAACGAAUAAAACAUGAAACUGGCCAAACGAUUACAGUGGCCUUUGCCGUUGACACACGUGGGCCACAGAUUCGAACCGGUUUAUUGGAUGGUGGUAAUGAAAUUUUAUUACGUAGCGGAGAAAGUAUACGUUUAUCCAUAAAUAGAGAUCUUUACGAUAAAGGAAGUAAGGAAGCUGUCUACGUGGACUAUCCAAAUAUUAUAAAUGUGGCAAAGCCGGAAGAUCGAGUAUUCGUUGAUGACGGAAAACUUUUUCUAAAUAUUCUUGAGGUAGGGGUGGAUGGUCUUCUUUGUAAUUCAGGAGUGGCGUGCUGGUAAC